AUGUUACACAUCCCGAAUGCCCAGACGAUUGAAGAAAAGAACUUGAAAAAGACGUUUGAGCUGAUCAGGAACGUUGUAAGUGAACUUUUUGAUUUUUUUUAUUCUAUGUGAACUUUUUUUGUAAUUGUUUGUUUUCAAUUCGCAGUGAUAACUGUAGUUUAGAGGAAGGAGAUCGAGAACGCACAAAAGGCACAACACUUGGGAACGGCCAAAAAGAACACUGAUGGACAAGGUAUGGUGAUUUUAAAGCUAUGCCAUUAUUUUAAACUGAUCUCAAAAAUACUGACACCCAAAUACGAUUUCUCUAAGAUUAUUAUAACUUUUUCAUAGUACUCUAACAUGAAUAUUGACUUCCAGAUUUGGAUCAAAACAUGGCCGAGGUCAAAAAGAAGCUGGCCAAAGGUGUGAUUAAGGUGGCAAAAGACGAGAAACACACAUUCAAACGGCUACACGGUCAGAAGCGGGAAUCAGUCAACUACGUUGAAGAACCGAUAAGUAUAUCUACAGAACAACAGUCCACUUCCGAGAUGUUUAGUCCAAAGAAUAACAAUAAUGAAACAAAUAACACCAAUUUGUAUAUUAGAGGGUUCGAAUUGGACUACAAUUUAAUGAGAGAAACUUUUUCACAGUUUGGAAAUGUGGUGCGAUGUUAUGUCGAGGAACAUAAACGGUAGAAUUUAUGGUUUAUUUUGUGAAAAGUUGUGUAAAAUACGUAUCUUUAAUUUUUUUGCGGCUAUAUAAAGUAUAUAAUUUGGAUAUAAGGUUAAAAAGCUUUAGAAAAUAAAAUUAAAUGUAGCUUUUUUAAUAUAGCUUUAUAUAUUGUAUAAGAUUUUUUAAAUAUAACUUUAUAUUUUAGAUCCGGCUUCAUCAAUUUUGCGACUCCAGAAGAAGCAGAAGCAGCAAUAAGGCAGUUAAACGGCCAAAGGGUUGGUCAAUCUAACUUGAGAGUCGAGUUUGCCAGAAAAAGAGAUAACUCAAAAAGACCUUCUAAGCCUUACAAGUCUUUCAGUCAGAAUUCAGAGGAUGGUGCUGCUAAAAGAGGUAUAAUCAGUCAUUUUUUAUGUUAUAUGAGGUAUUUAAAAAGAUCAACAACUUAUGGUCUACAAAAUUGUUGGGAUGGUUUUUAAAAUUUUUCUUGCUGUAAAAACCGAAUGAAGCGUAAAAAUGCUAAUUUUAGCACGUACUAUGUCUACGACAAGCGAUGAUCAACGCGCAGUGGUAUCGUACGAAGAUGGCGAAAUUUUUGAUUAA